AAUCCUGGUUCGAGAAGUUACGCAGGACGUGCAGCGGUUCAAAGAGGAAGGAAGAUGGCGGAUAACAAAGGCGAGGAGGAUAUGGAACCGUCUGCUAAUUCGGACUCAGUACCUCCAGCGCAAGAUAAUGAGCAGCCAGAGACGACAGUCGAAAAUGCGGUAAUAGUCAUAGAAGCGAAUACAAAAGGCGCUGAAGAAACAGAGUCCCAUGAUAACGCAAACGAAGCACCUACUCCCACCAGCGACGGAGGGGACGUUAGCAGCGGCGGGACUGCUGGUGCGGGAGGGGAAGCCAAUGGUAGCGCUAGCAACGCCGUCAGCCCGGCUGGUACCAGCAGCACCAAUGCAGAAUCAACGGCAACGGAAACCCUGGCCGCCGGGGAUGUUCCUGUUGGCGGUCUCACCACUGAAAUGUCCCCCCCUCCUACGGCUCCAGCGGCCACGCCGGUAUCCGUUCCCAUUAAUUUACUGGAUACGUGCGCAGUGUGUAAACAAAGUCUUCAGAGCAGAGACUGUGAACCAAAACUUCUGCCUUGUCUGCACUCUUUUUGCCUAAAAUGUAUCCCGCAACCAAAUAGACAGAUAAGCGUACAGGUGCCUGGACCACACGGGCAAACUGACACACACAUAGUAAAUGUUAUGUGCUGUUCGGUGUGCCACCAGGACUACAAACAGAGUGAUAUUAUUGACAACUACUUUGUCAAAGAUACCACAGAGGCCAUCAGCACGUCUGAUGAAAAGACUGCACAGGUGUGCACAAGUUGCGAGGACAAUGCAGGAACCAUAGGCUUUUGUGUAGAGUGUGGAGAAUGGCUGUGUAAGACCUGCGUGGAGGCCCACCAGAGGGUCAAAAUUACCAAGGACCACAAGAUUCACACAAAGGAGGAUGCUGACGCUGCCUCUGAGUCUGUUGGUACGUCAGGACAGAGGCCUGUUUUCUGUCCCAUCCACAAACAGGAGCCACUGAAGCUUUUCUGUGAGACCUGUGACACUUUGACCUGUAGGGACUGCCAGCUGCUGGAGCACAAGGAGCACAGGUACCAGUUCCUGGAGGAGGCUUUCCAGAACCAGAAAGGCAUCAUUGAGACCAGCGUGGCCAAACUACAGGAAAAGAAGAACUAUGUCCAUUACUCUGUCUCUCAGGUGCAAAGCAGGUUAAAAGAGCUGAAUGAGACACAUAGGAAGGUGGAGCACGACAUCAAAAUUGCUGUAUUUACUCUUAUUAAUGAGAUCAACAAGAAGGGCAAGUCCUUGCUGCAGCAGUUGGAGAGUGUGACCAAAGAGCGCAGUAUGAGGCUUGUGGCUCAGCAUAAGGAUACCACCCAGCUGGCCCAACAGAUCCACCAUGUGCUCAACUUCUGCCACUGGGCCAUCACUACUGGCAGCAGCACUGCGCUGCUCUACAGCAAGAGGCUGAUCCUAUUCCAGCUUCGCCAGCUCUUCAAGGCUAGACUGGAGCCAGCGCCCCAGGCCAAUGGAGUAGUGCGCUUCUUCUGUGACCCCACCUUCUGGGCCAAAAAUGUGGUGAAUCUAGGUAAUUUGGUAAUUGAGAAGCCACCUCCACCUGCGCAACCGCCCAAUGUGAUGGUAGGAGGACCGCCUAUUUCACCAGGCCAAGGUCACCCCGGCAAACACCCAGGACAGAUCAACCUGGCCCAGCUCCGGCUGCAACACAUGCAGCAGGCUGCCUACGCACAGCAGAAGCAGCAACAACAACAGCAGCAGCAGCAGCAGCACCAGCAGCAGAUCCAGCAACAGAUGCGCAUCGCCUCCCAAAUGUCCCAGCAGCACGCCAGACAGGCCGGUCCACCCAUGGUGCAGCAGCCUCCAAGGCUCAUCAGUAUGCAGCAGCUACCGAGAGGGCCUGGGGGUAUGAAUGGUGGGCCAGGUCCACCCAUGUACCCUUCCUCCCACCAUAUGCGUCUCCCGGGUCCACCACAGGGCCGAAUGCCCACGGCUCAGCCGAGACAUAACGGACAGCAGUAUCCCCCCAUGAUGCAGCCUCAGCUACAGAGACAGAUGUCUAUAGAAUCUGAGAUGAGCCACCAAAGGUUUCGUUUCUUACUACAAUCAGGGCAUUCCAACCCAGGGCAUGCAGGUCCUUUCCCGGUGGCAUCCCUCCAUAAUGCCAACCCCACGAGUCCCACCAGUGCUAGUAUGGCCGGUGCCCAUGCUCACCGCGGCCCUGCCAGCCCCAUCAUAGGUCCUAUCGAGCUCAUCCCCUCCGUGACCAAUCCUGAGAACCUGCCCUGCCUACCUGAGAUCCCGCCCAUUCAGCUGGAGGAUGCAGGUUCCAGCAACCUUGGCCACCUCCUGUCUCGUUACAUCACAGCCAGUACGCAGCAUCAGCUAGGCUCAGUGGACAUAAACCCCUCACCUGGACUGUCCACACACUCGUCUGGAUCUUCAGGUCUGUCGAAUGCUCACACACCAGCACGACCUUCUAGUACAUCCAGCACAGGCAGCAGAGGCAGCUGUAGCUCUGCGGGGAGGGCGGUGCCAGGAGGUGGAGCUGCGGUGGAGCAGGUGAGGGUGAAGCAGGAGCCUGGUACAGACGACAGCUAUAGCUGCCCAGCUUCUUCACUGAAGACGGAGCGGGGGAAAGAUGCUGGGAGGAGUGCCUGCAUGAUGAGCAGUCCGGAGAACAGCCCCCUCCCUGUAUUGGGAGUCGUAUCUGCAGGCCAAGAUGCUCUUAAGGCUUUAGGGGAGCGCAUCAAAACAGAACCGCAGUCUGAGACACCUUGUUCUGGACUAAAUGGCUCCAGUGUCGCCACCUCCUCUCCUUCCACUACCACUAUGACCUCCACUACCUCGUUGCCCUCCGAGGACAGCAGCAGCACGGCAGACACUCAGCUCACUAAUGGAAACUUAGACAAGGGGGCAGAGACCAAAGGGGGCAGGGCGUCGGCUGGAACCAGCAAUUCUGGUGGGAAAGAGGAUGACCCUAAUGAAGACUGGUGUGCUGUUUGUAUCAACGGUGGUGACCUGCUGUGCUGUGACCGCUGUCCCAAAGUGUUUCACAUGAAAUGCCAUGUACCCACCAUAAAAAUCUUCCCAAAGGGUGACUUUCUCUGCACGUUUUGUCGGAGUCUCACCAACCCCGAAAUAGAGUACUGUGACGACAGCAGGAAAAUCAAUGGAGAGCAGGGCCUGAGUACUGAAAACCAAAGGAGAUGUGAACGCCUCCUGCUGCACAUCUUCUGUCAUGAGCUCAGCGUAGGCUUCAGAGAACCUGUUCCUAGCUCUGUGCCGAACUACUACAAGAUUAUCAAGCAGCCCAUGGACCUGAAGAAAGUGAAGAAGAAGCUGCAGUUACGGAGCUCCCAGUACUACCAGUCCACCCAGGAGUUUGUAUCCGAUAUGCGCCUGGUCUUCAAAAACUGUGCAAAUUACAAUGAGAUGUCUCGAAUAAUCCAGGUUUAUGAUGAGGAGAAACAGAUUAAUACGCAGGUGGGAUCAGAGAUGGCGAUAUCCGGCAAGGCAGUAAGCCUGUACUUUGAGGAGAAGUUGCAGGAGAUGUUUCCAGAUCAGAGCUUCCCUGAGACACCUGAACCUGAGUCCCUGGACACAAAGGAAAAGGAGGAUGAUGACACAGACAACUCUGAGGAGGACUUCCUACAGCCCAGACGCAAACGCUUAAAAACAGAUGAGAAAGUGGUUCACAUCAAGUGAGAACCAACCACAAAUGAAACGAGAAGUGAAAAACUGUCUUCCUCACAUCCCACACUUUUCCUUUGUUUGAGGCAGCAAACAAAAAGGACGAGAUUCGCUGUACAAACUGCUUGGUUUAUCUCAUCCUUGCCUUUAAUAGGAAUUACUGUCAACUACAUUAGACAUCUGCCUUUAUCAGAACUCUUGAGUUGAGUUCAGAAACAUAGAAGAGCUGCAUUCCCUCCUUAUUUCAUGGACACUCAAGAACUCGCUUGUACAGAUUUUGAAGUAGGACUUGUUUUGCAAUAGUUAAGUUAACGAUUGGCCAUUUCUUUUCUAUCAUCCAUUUUCAUUUGUAGAUUUGUUGUGACAGUUGCUUUAUAAAACAUUUAAAUCCCCUCUUCCCAGUUCUUAAUGUAUUAUAUCUAUAAUUUGAAACCUACCAAGUAUUUGUAUGACUUUGUGGAAGCGUUAUGUAAAUAAGAGAAUCUAGCCCACUGAAGGUAUUCCUACAGUAUUGAUGUUUGGGUGCGUCAUCAAUAAAACCUGUUCAUGAAAUGUA